GUUAACUACCUAUAUUUAAGUUAAAUUUAUAUGAGCGUGUACUAAAUAAAACGUCAAGUUUGUUUAGCCAUCUGAUAAUCGCGCAAAUCAAGUAAAUACAAUUUAAUUUCAUUUCUAAAAAGUGAAAUUGUGAAGAAAUCAAAAAUAUCAAUUAAUCGAUAAAAAUGGAAGAAGUGCAACGACACUCGGUGCAUACUUUAGUGUUUCGUUCAUUGAAAAGAACACAUGAUUUUUUCGUGGCCAAUCAAGCGCUACUACCGGAACUUGAUGAAAAAAUAGAGAAGCUGAAAUGGAACAUUAAAGCUCGUGAUACAUACGGGCUUGUUUUUGAUCGAACAUUGAAGGCCAAAAAUACAGCAGUAAAACGAAAUGAAAGCGGAAAACCUGAAAUAACCCAUCUUUCAUCACAAGACAAUGUGUUAGCGAUUACGAUGGGAAGCGAAAGGGAACACCCAAAUAGCACUCAAACUGCAUUAACGACAGUACCUGCUCCCGGGGCACACAACGCUUCUUCAAACACAGUUCAGAUACUUCCGAAAAAGGCACCGUCAAUUCCAAAACCUAAGUGGCAUGCCCCAUGGAAACUUUAUCGCGUUAUUUCUGGCCAUCUGGGAUGGGUACGAUGUGUUGCGGUUGAACCAGGAAACGAGUGGUUUGCAACCGGUGCCGCUGACAGGGUCAUUAAAAUUUGGGAUUUGGCCAGCGGGAAACUGAAACUUUCGCUAACUGGUCAUGUGAGCACAGUUCGUGGACUGUGCGUAAGUCCCAGGCAUCCAUACCUGUUCAGUUGCGGCGAAGAUCGGCAGGUCAAAUGUUGGGACUUGGAAUAUAAUAAGGUUAUAAGGCAUUAUCACGGUCACCUCUCGGCGGUAUACACUAUGGCACUCCAUCCGACAAUAGAUGUUUUGGUGACCGCCGGCAGAGAUUCAACUGCUCGAGUAUGGGAUAUGAGAACGAAGGCUAACAUUCAUACACUAACCGGUCAUACGAAUACUGUGGCAAGCGUGGUUUGUCAGGCAGCCAACCCACAGAUCAUCACUGGAAGUCAUGAUUCAACAGUCCGCCUUUGGGAUCUAGCAGCUGGCAAGAGUAUGUGCACCCUGACGAAUCACAAAAAGAGUGUCCGUAGCAUUGUUCUGCAUCCCACGCUAUACAUGUUCGCUUCUGCCUCGCCGGAUAACAUUAAACAGUGGCGUUGUCCGGAAGGGAACUUCAUCCAAAAUUUGAACGGACACAAUGCUAUUGUUAACUGCAUGGCGGUGAAUCCGGAGGGGGUGUUAGUUUCCGGCGGUGAUAAUGGAACAAUGUUCUUCUGGGAUUGGCGAACCGGGUACAACUUCCAGCGUUUUCAGGCAGCUGUUCAACCGGGUUCGAUGGACAGUGAAGCGGGUAUUUUUUCAAUGACAUACGACAUGUCUGGAUCACGUCUCAUUACCACAGAAGCUGAUAAGACCAUCAAGAUUUACAAGGAAGAUGACCAGGCGUCUGAGGAGUCGCAUCCAGUUAACUGGCGUCCGGAGAUUCUCAAACGUAGGAAAUAUUAAGCAGAACGAUGACCGUAAGGUCUAUUAAUAAAUAGUUUGAAAUGAAAAUAAAAAUACAUUUAUGUUCAUUUUUAA